AUGGCUACUAUAAAACCUAUUGAAGGCCGGACGAUCCAUCAGAUCCAGUCUGGCCAAGUAAUUGUCGAUUUAUGUUCGGUGGUGAAAGAACUGGUGGAGAAUAGUCUGGAUGCUGGAGCAACGAGUAUUGAUGUGCGAUUUAAAAAUCAAGGACUCGAAGCAAUCGAGGUACAAGACAAUGGUGGUGGAAUUUCUCCGCACAAUUAUGAUACCCUAGCACUCAAACAUUAUACCUCGAAAUUGACCACAUACAACGACCUUACGACCCUUCAAACAUUUGGAUUCCGUGGCGAAGCCUUAUCUUCACUAUGUGCGCUCUCAAAUUUUUCUGUCAUUACAUGCAUGCCAGAAAGUGCCCCGAAAGGUACGAAGCUCGAAUUCGAGAUCUCAGGGAAGUUAAAAGGCACAUCUGUUGUGGCGGCGCAAAAAGGAACUACGGUGAUAGUAGAGAACCUAUUCAACAAUCUGCCAGUGAGAAGACGAGAGCUUGAGAAGAAUAUAAAACGAGAAUGGAGUAAGGUUACAGGUGUUCUGGGACAAUAUGCUUGCAUACAAACGGGUAUCAAAUUUACAGUCUCGCAACAGGCAGCUAAGGGCAAAAAGACAACAAUUUUUUCUACAAAAGGAAAUCCUACCACUAGAGAGAACAUUGUUAACGUUUUUGGCGCGAAGACUCUUACCCAAUUAAUACCAAUGGAUUUACGUCUGGAGUUAGAGCCUACGAGUGGCCCCAGUCAGAAACGGAGUACACAAAUUGAUGAUGGCACCAAAGACAUCCGAAUUAUUGGUCAUAUUUCGCGUCCAGCUACGGGAGAAGGACGUCAAACUCCUGACAGGCAAAUGUUUUUCGUAAAUUCAAGACCGUGUGGACUUCCUCAAGUGGCAAAGGCUUUCAACGAGGUCUAUAAAUCAUAUAAUGGAUGGGGAAGCACUCAGUCCCCAUUCAUAUUUGCUAACAUCGAAUUAGACACUCAUUUGUAUGAUGUCAAUGUUAGCCCUGACAAACGUACUAUUUUACUACAUGAUCAGAGUCGUAUGUUGGAGAACCUCAAGACGGCUCUUGCUGGACUUUUUGAAGGCCAGGACCAUACAAUACCAGUGUCUCAGUUGUCAGCACAGAAGCAACCGCAAUAUAAACAAUUGACUAUUAAUCGAGAGGCUGCUAGUGCAUCGAAAAAUUUGCAAAAGCGUCCGCAAGCAUCCCCGCAAUCUGCCGAGCAGGGUGACGCGGAAGAAGAGGAGGAGGAAGAGGGAGAGGGAGAGCAAGCUUCGGGCGCAAUCUCGGACUCUAGACGAUCUAGUAACGCUCAAAGCACAGCUAGUCAGGAUUCUCAUGUGCAGUCUAAUUCAAAAGCAAAACGUUCUUCUAUAUCACGAAACUCAUUGUCGCGAGAUGGCGCAGCUAUAAGUUUGAUUUCGAAUUGGGUCGGUCGUAAGUCUGAGGAACGGAGUGAUCAACAACCUGCACCUCCGAAGGCUAUGCAAGAUGUUAACCAAGGUCCGUCGAAGGAAAAGCAAAGAUUGAUAUCCAAGUUUGGCAGGGAAGCUGCUCGGGUUGAGGAGGCUGAAGAUGAUCUUGUGAGCCCUGAAAGCUCGAUUGCGACUGCUCAAGACUCUCAGCCUGCGCCCACUUAUAGACCCCCUCGACACGUUGCUGAUUUUAAUGACCGGAUGGCUGAGGCUAGCGUCUCGAGAGAAGGGUCAAAAGCGUUAGAAGGCGCUGAAGACCCGCCCAGUCCAUCCCAGUUAGAACCACCCAUUCCUCAACUUAUAUCACCAUCCCCGAUGUCUACUCCGGGAAUACUGAGCUCGCUUGGAAGUAGCAGACCACAACGUUCUCAACAAGAGAUGGCUACAAUAACAAUAGGUGAUCAUACUGUGAUGAGCUCUAUUGGAACACCUCCCCCUAAAAGAUUGAAAGUUGACAAUAGUUCUGCUUCCCUGCGUGAAAGUGGGAAACUUCAGCAGAAUUUACCUAUGCCAUCUUUUGGGAAACGGCUUCUGCAACGAUUCGGUGCACCUGGAACUCAAACCUCAGAAGCUAGCGAUGAUACAGAUAUGAUCGAUAUAGAAGAGCCAGAAUCUACGUUAGAAACCGCUGCACCUGGUUCCUCAAGCGCUUCUGAUGCAGAUGUCGAUGAAGAUUCACCAACAGCUUCUCCGGUAGAUGAGGAUGCUUCUGUGUUAUCAGAAGCUCCUCCAGAAGACAAUGCAGAUGGAGAGGAGGAAGACGGAAAGUACUUGGAUGAGAAGGAGAAAAAGGUUCGCGAAGAAGCGAAAGUCCAAGAGAUGAUUAAGGAGGUUGAAAGAACGGCUGCGCUACCAUCUCAAGAAAAUGUUUCUCGUGCAAAAUUACUUGUCAAAGGUGGCGCGAAGAGGAAGGAAUCCACGUUGAACCUGACACAGACUGUUGACACUACUGUUCUUGAUAUAAAACAGAAGUUUGAAUCUUUGCAAGAUGCACUCCCUUUGUACGCAAAUCAAACUGCUUCUGCUUCUCAAGACGAAGCUCUCGAUUCUGACGGUGCCGAAGAGCGGCUCUCCCUCACAAUCUCCAAGAGUGAUUUCGCUAAGAUGAAAAUUAUUGGUCAAUUCAAUCUCGGCUUUAUUCUCGCAUCGAAAGCCCCUGAGCCGACGACUGAAAAUGGUGGAAUACAAACAGCAGAUAAUGUUUUCAUUAUCGAUCAACAUUCAUCAGACGAAAAGUACAAUUUUGAACGAUUGCAAGCUACUACAAUAGUACAAUCGCAAAGAUUGGUUUACCCCAAAACACUUUCUCUCACAGCACUCGAGGAAGAAAUUGUAGCUGAAAACCUCGAUAUUUUGGAACAAAAUGGAUUUAUUUUGACCAUCGAUCAAUCAUCCCAAGACGUAGGGGGAAGAUGUCAACUUGUCUCUCUUCCUGUUUCUCGAGAAACCACUUUCUCAAUUAAUGAUCUUGAGGAAUUGAUUGCGCUAUUGGCGGAAAGUGGUGGUAGAGCCGGAAUGGUAAGGCCGAGUAAAGUUAGAAAAAUGUUCGCGAUGAGGGCUUGUAGGAGUAGUAUUAUGAUUGGGAAAUCAUUGACAAAGGGACAAAUGGAAAAGGUGGUAAGGCAUAUGGGAGAGAUUGAACAGCCGUGGAAUUGUCCACAUGGGAGACCUACCAUGAGACAUCUUUGCGGAUUGGGUUUGUGGGAUGGGGAGGGGGAGGGGUGGAAGGAGGAUUUAGAGGGAGAAGGGAAGAUAGAUUGGGGUGGGUAUGUGAGGAUGAAGAGGGGGUUGGAGUAG